AAUGAUCAUCGCCUUUCUUGGAACAUAUCUCAAAACGGAAACGUGUCUAAUGUUUAUUUCAAAUCAGGUCAAAUAUGGAGACCUACACUUGCACUAAAAAACUCUGUUACUGGAAUAGAAGUGAUAGGCGAUGACGGGAACCAGAAAAGUAUCCCAAUGAGUGUAAGCCCCAGUGGUUCAGUAUUUUGGCUCGCACCAGCUUACUUUGUGUCAUCCUGCUCAGUGGACAUCUCCAAAUUUCCCUUCGAUACACAGACAUGUGAAAUCGUGAUAUCAACAUGGAUGUUCUCGACUAGUACAAUCAAAUUGAAUAAUGUUUAUGACGUAAUUGAUAUUGAACGUUUGGAGCAAAAUGGCGAAUAUGACAUCAUACAAACGUACGCUAGAAUAGAUAUUGACCCUUACUUUAGUUUCACCCUUGAGUAUCUUGUGUUCGGUAUAGAACUAAGACGAAAAUAUUCCUACUACUUGAUUAAUAUCGUGCUUCCAGUUUUCUUCAUGCAGCUGCUUGGUCUAGUAGUAUUUGCUGUUCCGACGGAUUCCGGCGAGAAGUUGUCUUUCGCUUUGACGUUGUUGUUGUCAUUGACAGUUAUGAUGACCUUGGUAGCGGAGAAGAUACCGACAACGUCAUUACAGAUACCGACUUUGAGUUUGUAUAUGCUUGGUGGAACAAUCAUUAGCAGUCUAGAACUUAUUAUGACAGUGUAUAUUCUACAUCUGAAACAUUACAGAAAGGAUAAAGAUAAAAUGUCAAGGAAUAUGAAAACAAUUGCAAAUUUUCUAGCCUUUCUUGUGUGCAUGAAGAGAAAUAAAAUUAGUAGCAAAACGGAAUCAUUAUCAAAAUCGGCGAAAAACAGUCAUUUAGUUGUUGUUGAAGAAGUAACUAAGGAGGACAUAACCGAGAAGACACCAUCAGAAAGUAAAGAUGAAGACAAUAUAGAACAAUGUCCUUACACAUACGAGGACUUAGCUGUAAUGAUGGACAGAUUUUCAAUAAUUUUAUUUGGAUUUCUUUCUUUUACGUUCACUUUUGUAAUGCUUUUUAUGAUUUUAUAAAAUUAUAUUUAUUUUGUGUUUUUUUUUUACAAAUGGUAAACAAUGAAAUAAAACAU